GAGUGGUAAAGCGAGAUUGGUAUAUAAAGUCGGAGAAAUGCUCUCUCCGCAUCCACUCAGCUUUGAGAUCUCGUAUGAUCUAAUCUUGUAACAUGGCAGCCAAGCUUGUAGUAGCCUUGACGUGCUUCGCCCUUUGUCAUUCCAGUCCAAUCAUUUUGAAUGGUUAUUUAUAUCGUGACGGACGCAGCUUCGCGACCGGUCAAGGCUACACAAAUAACUAUGGCGGACGAGCGACGGGGUCAGCGACAAUCGAAGGUGGUGCAAUUAAAGCUUAUGGAAGCGCAUCAACUGACGACCAGAAUUUCUUAAACAGAAAUAUUGGCUAUGGCGAAGCGUAUCCCGGUCAAGCAGUCGCAAAAGCUGGAAUCUACGAUGCACCCCAAGUUCCUGUUUACGGAUCAGGCAAAGCUGAGGCUCAAAACAUGCCAACUUACUACGCUGUCCCAGCACCUGCAAAUAUUUUGUCUUACGAACAAAACUUUCAAGUUCCCGCUGAAAUAAGAUACACAAUGCCCGCUAAUGGUGGUGUUUCUGCCCAGUCGUCUGCUAUACUUAAUGGUAACACCGAAUCGUCAAUCACUUCAGCUAGAACCGAUGGAACUGGUUCUGCCGAAUCUUCUGCUAAAACCCAAGGCAUUGAUAGCAACGUAGUUACAGUUUCUAAUGCAAAAACUACCGGCGAUUCUGGAUCUGCUUACUCUAACGCUAACAACGCUCUCGGAGUAACAAAUAUUAUGACCAAAACAGAAGGAUUUGGCUCGGCGCUGUCAAAAGCCCAAAAUGGACUUGGAUUGACCUCUGCUGAAUCCCAAUCAAACGGUGGUUCUGCUGCUUCUUUGGCCAAAAACGCUAUUGAUUCCAUUGUUGCAACAGCCAAUUCUCAGGGUUACGGAUCCGCUUCCUCCAACAUCGACAACAGAAACUUCCAAAAUGUUCACCAGAGAGGAAUCCAUUGGCGAUUUGGUACGGCCUUUGACACUCCUUCCGGUCAAGUUCGCGCCACAAGCCAAUCUAACGGAGGUUCGGCUAAAUCGACUGCCCAAACAAAUGGUUUUGGAACAAUCCAAUCCACAGCUGACACUCAAGGUUAUGGAUCUGCUGAUGCCAAAGCUAACAUGAAUGGAGUUGGGUAUGUCAAUUCUAUUGCUCACAACAAUGGCCUUGGUUAUGGUUCUGCAAAAUCCACCGCUAACAUAAAUGGAUACGGAUCUGCAAACUCCGCCGCCAACACAAACGGCCUUGGUACCGCUAAAUCUUCAGCCAACACUCAAGGAACGGGCUACGGUAACACAGGCGCUCGUGCUGAUAUCAAUAGUUACGGAACUAUUACCUCCGCUGCUAACACUAAUGGAUACGGAAAAGCCACAUCCACAGCUAAUACUGGCUUGGGAUACGGUGCAUUCCGCUACGAUGGACUCUACGAUGGUUCCCGAACAAUUGCUAAUGCUCAAACUUCAGGACAGGGUUCAGCAUCAUCUUCCGCAAGAACUCAAGGAUUGAGCACUGACUACAGGGUAGUAGACACAUCUGCCAAUAGCUUUGGCUACGGCACCGCUCAGGCUAAUGCUAGAGCCUAAAGAAGGUUAGAUUUUACAACAAAAAGCAAAUCACACCAAGACGACUUUAAACAACAAGAAUUCUAUAACUUGUCUUGAUGUUUUUGCAUAUACUUCUAUUUAAGUUAUUUAUUUUAUUUAUUGACUUUAACAUAAUUUCAAAUUUGUAUCGUGAAUAAUAAAAACA